AUGGUCUUUCACUGCGUUGUUUACCAGUGUUCUAAUCGCCAAGGCGAGAAAGCAAAGGGCAAGGGCAUAAGUUUUUUCAGAUUUCCAAAAGGCAGUAAGAAGAGAAAGGCAUGGAUUCGUGCGAUUAACAGAGAUGACUGGGCACCGAACGAAUAUAGUCGAAUCUGCUCUGAACAUUUCGUAGGGGGGUGGCACAGCGACGAGGUGGAGGAUGAGAACUAUAGACCUACAAUUUUCACCUACAAAGAAAAACCCCAAACUGACUCUGACGAAAUUAAUGAAGCAGAAGCUAGGGACAGACGUUUAAUGCAGCAGCACCAUGAAUUUAGCUUAUACACCCACAGCUAUUGCUGUUUGCAACCCCCAGAGUCAGACUCUCAGGAUAUGAACAACAACAGCACCUUCGUACCAGAUGAGACAUUGAAAUUAGAUGACAUUGACAUAAAAACCUUUAAUGAUAAAG